AUGAAUUGCUGGAUCUGAUCGGACCUGACCUGAUGAGACGAGAUGAGAUGGACGUGCUUGGUUUGGCUUGGCUUGGCUUGGCUUGGUCUGGUCUGAUCUGGUCUGGUCUGAUUAUCCUCCGUACACGGCGGGUUUCUUUGGAUUUCUACAUCGCUAGUACGGUUUCCCUCGGUGUUACAGAUGAAUGGAUGGACAGACGGACGGAUGCAUCUGCAUCAGUGAUGAGAUGCUUGCUAGUCUAGGCUGGCGAGUGACUGACUGAUUGAGGCAGUCAGUGGGUCAGUGAGUGAGUGAGUACUAUGUAAUGUGUUAUGCAUGUAUGUCUGCUUGAAAAUUGCAUGAUGGGGGUCAUCAUAUCUGUUUCUGUGGGAUCCUGCGGUUGUUUUUCUAGGGUGGUGGGUUGUCUGGUUGUCUGUGUAUGUUGGCUAUUUGCUUGGUGGUGGGAUCUAGGCUAUUGGGGUGUAGAUCUACUUACCAC